AUGUCAAAAAACAGCGAAAAUAUUGAUACCCCAAAAGAUAAUAGCAAAGAAACAGAAAAUUAUAGAGAAAGUGUUGAAUGUUUAAUCUCGCUUGUAUUUGGGAUUAUAUUUUUAGUAUCAGGAAAUUUUGAGAUGGAUUCAAAUAUUAUUAAUUAUAUCUCGACAUCUUUUUCGGGAAUUUUAAGUCUUUCUAGUAUUUUUGGGACUCUGGUGUUUCUUAAAAAACUCAUUUUUACGAGUAAAUUAGAAGCAAUGGAUGCAUUAUAUAUCGAAGAAGACGCCUUAAAGAUCCCUCGAAACUCGAAACAAUGGAGAAUUAAAAAUCUGGAGGACAGCAUAAAGGAGCUUGACAAUAUAAUUCAGAAACUUAAUUCCGCGGAAUAUAGACGUGGCCUUAUUACUUACUUUAUGCAAAAUUUGAUAGCCAUAAAAAAUGAAAUGUUGGAAAGGAAAUAUGAAAAAGGAACACUUACAGGGAAGGAUAAAGUGGAAGUCGUUGAAGAAGAUGCGGAGACAGAUAAAGAGGAAGGUAUUGAAGAAAGUACGGUGAAAGACAAAGAUAUUAUUGAAGAAAGUACGAGGAAAGACAAAUUUAAUUUGGAGAAUCCGAGUAAUCAAAAUGCAACGACUGAUAUGGUUGGAGAAGCUAAUAAUAGACAUCCAGAAUUCGAUUACAUUCAACAUUUAUCAUUUUCAUACGCACGUCAUGCUAUGAUGACAAAAUUUAAAAGAAUUGUAGAGAUGAACGAAAUGGAAAAAAAAGGAGAGGUCGAUGAAGAAAUUUAUCGAAUAGAGUUAUACUUUUUAAAAAAACUAGUCGAAAAUUUACAAUCAGCGCUUAAACGUUUGUUUAUAUGGUUCCUUGUAUUUUCUCUCAUUCUUAUUGUACUGGUGAUAAUUUCAAUUCACUACUUGAUUCAAAAAACCGAUGGAUACAUUUUCAAAAUUGUAGACAUAACUCUUAUUUGCUUUUCGACCACAGGCAUAUAUUGUGUAUUAAUUGUUUUGGUUUUUGCCAAACAUCAUCCAGUUAUCAAAAAUAAUCAAGGACUUUUUUUCGAAGGCAAUUUUACUUUAAUAGGAAGUGUAAAAACAUCUGUUCCCCUUUAUUAUAAUGUUAUACUCUUUUCGAUUAUUAUUGGUCUUUAUGGCGUUGUUUCAUUUGAGAAACGUCAUUAUGAUCGUAAAUAUAGAUGUAUUGUAGUGAAAAGAAUAGGGAUUAAUGCCAAAGAGAUGAUGCAUAUCAAACGCCUCAUUUAUGGCUACAAUGCCGAUCAAAUCGUAUAA